UUCUCAUCGCUGCUUGUUUGGUGUGGUUUAGUUCGCUGAGGGGGGAGAUCGGUGGACGGGUCUUUGGAUUUCUAAGGGAGCGAAUCAGCGAAUGUUUCCCAAGCUAUAUCUGGGCAACAAGUCAUUUUUCGGUUUUAGGGCGAAUUCCUUCCGAAAUUAUUAUGGUUCAGCUAUGCCUAUACUUAACUGAGGAAAUGUCAAGCAGGGCUGCUGUCACAGCAAUACGUUUCCUUUAAACCGAAGUAAAACUGCAGGCAUCAGAAUCGUAGGGGAGGUACUGAAACAAAUUAAAUCAGAACGUCAAGCUGGCUGGGGAAUUUGUUUAAUGAAGGCAUAAUUGGGAUUGUUUCUAGGGCCAAAGUUUCAUAACCAUAGUAAACAUACAACUUCCAUCCAUAUGGCUAGCCAACUCUCUGGUACUAUAGCAUCUAGUGGGAUGUGUUAUGAUCAACACGGAAUGCCAUGUAAGCUGAAAGGACUACAUCACGUAGCAUUAAAUUGUACACCCCAGAAGGUAGAGGUAAGGAAGUGGAUGGACGGAUAUCAUUUAGUCUUCAGGUUCUGUCCAGCUGAUAGACAUGGGCAAAUCGAGGGGAAAGCCAAUGUUUCCCUACUCCGACAUGGUCAGAAUGUUCGGUGUUAUUCUUAUCGUUCUCAUAGUAGCAGUGAAACUAAAGAAUGCAAGAGUUCUGAAGAUGGCAACGACCCUUACAGCUUCUGCAGGGAUUUUGAAGAGCGUACAAGAGGAAAUUCUCAACUGUCAGAUAAUCAAGCAGCUCAGAAAAAAUCAUUCUAUUCUAGUCGAGGGCUGUCUGAAGCCUGCCAGUUUGUCUACAAUGAUGCAAAGUUUGUGAAUCAAAGAGCUCAAAGUGACAUUCUUUUACUUUCACGUGGCAUCACAAGGCUGAACAAACGUGCGUGUCAGGAUGUUGCUGUUUUAGGGUUGGGGUUUCUCAAGCUGGAUGCUCGUGCAAGGAAAGACACUCAAAAGAUUGACAACAGUGUGAAGGAGAGGGCAGCCCACCUGACCAAUUUUGCUAGAAUAUUGAAGGAACGGGCUCAGUCGGACUUAAAGAAAGCAGCAGAUCAACAUUGGAGUGAUGGUGCUUUAGAGGCAGAUCUGCGACGAGCUGACCUGGUUGUUAGACGACGUGCCAUGGAGGAUGCUUUCAUGGCUUUAAAGUUUGUUCGGGAUAUCCACGACUUGAUGGCAAACAAAUUACAAGAGCAGCUUCCAAAGGAUGGUUCAUUUUCUCCUACUAACUCAACAAGGUUCAUCACACUCGAGAAAAAUGGAAAGAUUCUUGAGCUAUUUCCUCAUGAAGUCUCUACUGAUCAAAUUACUGCCAUAGAGGAUGCAUACCAGAGUAUGGCAUCUGCCUUGUCUGAGGCUGAUGGUAUCGACUACACAGAUCCUGAGGAGCUUGAAUUGCUAGUAGCGGCUCUUAUUGACCUGGAUGCCAUGGAUGGGAAAAAGAGUGUUUCCUUGAUAGCUGAAUGUUCAAGCUCUCCAGAUGUUAAUACCAGGAAAGCUUUAGCCAAUGCACUGGCUGCAGCUCCGUCCAUGUGGACACUAGGGAAUGCUGGGAUGGGCGCAUUACAGAGAUUGGCUCAAGAUUCCAAUUAUGCUGUAGCUAGAUCUGCAGCAAGGGCCAUCGAUGAACUCAGAAAGCAAUGGGAGCUUGAAGAGGGUGACAGCCUGAGGUUUGUAGUGAACCAAAACAUGGCUUCUGAAGAGGCCGAUGAUGGCAGUUCAGCAGCAGACGAUGCCACGUGAGACGUAAAUCAGAUGAAAGGUCGCACUAAGAUUAAUCAAAACUUCCGCAGCACCAUGAUCGACACGUUACAGACUGUUAAGAACCGAAGAACACAUAAAUGAAUGAAUCACCUACAUGUCCAAUGUUAGGUCUUAGCUUAGUACGAAAUGGGCUGCUUGGUGACCAGAUAACCAGCAUGCAUGCCAAGGUUGUAUCUCGUGAGUGCUAGAAAUUGGGAAAUUGUGUAAUGAGAACACAUUUCUCUGUACCCAUUGAUUAUAGAUGAAGCACAAGGAUAUGGUUUAAGGAUUCCAGAGGCCUUGUAUAGUUUUCCUGUUUUCUUGGCUAGUAUGGAUUAGGAAGGUACAUUGCA